AUGAACUUAUUUGCCAUCCCCUCUCCAUCAAGUCUCUGGACAACUCUUCACCCGAUUCCCCAUAACAACCUUACUAUCUUCGAAGAAGUCAUCAACAAGACCACUUAUGCCUCGAUUCCCAACCUAUUGAACUGGGAAACCGCCCAUGAGCCCAAUGGCAACUCCGACCCCUUAGAUGCGGCGCAGUCUACAUGUGACUUGAUAUACAAGCUGGACGGAUACCACCCUGUCUCUACUGUUCUGAAUUGCCAGGACUACAACUUCUCGCCUUACAUCAAUGGAGCCGAUAUUGUUCUUUAUUAUGCUAAUCUUAUUGGUAUCAACACCACAUUUUCUCCUAUGUGGCACACAGUGUGUACUCUGGACUUCGGUCACUGUGGUUGCGAUAACUGCAAGGGCACCUUGUAUGAUGUCAGGGCCCGUGUCCAGACCUUCAAAGACAGGCUCAACAUUUUGGGCUUUGACCGCACCAAGUCUGUGUGGACCAUGCCCCAGGCAUUCGGCAGUGGCGCAUAUCGGAACACCGCUCCCACUGGGCAGCACUGGGCUGCUCUAGGAUUCACUUCCUUUAACCAUGGUGCUCUAGGUAGGUUAUGUGAUGUCCCAGAUAUGAAUAAAACUGACUUACGUCGCCAGCGUGGACGCAACCAGCUUGUCCACGAGCAGGAAGCGGUGCUCGUUGGGAAGAUUGGCAAAGUAGCCCACCGCCCUUGA